CUCUUCAGUAAUCAUGAAAUUAAAUUUAAUUACUCCAACGUUGUUCAUAAUAAUCACUUGUUUAUGUCUGCUGCAAUUUUCUCAAACCUGUAACGCACGUGUCACAAGUACCUAUGUCAGAAAACCACGUGCUUCAAUUGAUAUCCCAGUUGAAUAUUUUACUCCUCCACCAGGCUUCAAUGCCCCUGAGCAGGUUCACAUAACACAGGGAGAUCACGUGGGAAGAGGCAUGAUUAUCACGUGGGUGACACCUGUCCACCCAACCCCCAAUGUGGUCACCUAUUGGGAAGCAAAUUGCAGACACGGCCACAAGCACAAAUCCCGCGCCACUACGACGUCGUAUCGAUAUUAUAACUACACUUCCGGUUAUAUUCACCAUGCCACUCUUAGAAAACUUAAGUUUGAUACAAAGUACAUUUACGAAGUCGGAAAGCACAACGCUACGCGUAGAUUUUCGUUCACGACUCCGCCUCAAGUAGGACCCGAUGUCCCGUAUACCUUCGGUGUUAUCGGUGAUUUGGGACAAACGUACGAUUCGAAUCAAACGUUCGAGCAUUACGUGUCGAAUCCAAAAGGGCAAGCCAUGCUAUACGUGGGAGAUCUUUCGUAUGCAGACAAUCAUCCUUUCCAUAACAACGUAAAGUGGGAUACGUGGGGCCGGUUCGUAGAGAAGAGCACGGCUUAUCAGCCUUGGAUUUGGACAGCUGGCAACCACGAAAUCGACUUUGCACCCGAGAUUGGUGAAAACACUCCAUUUAGGCCGUACUUGCAUAGGUACCAUGUCCCAUAUAAGGCAUCGCAAAGCACAUCUCCUCUUUGGUACUCGAUCAAGCGCGCAUCGACUUACAUAAUAGUCCUCUCGUCUUAUUCAGCUUACGGUAAAUACACUCCUCAAUACAAUUGGCUAGAACAAGAACUCCCGAAAAUUAACCGGGCAGAAACUCCGUGGGUGAUAGUUUUGCUUCACUCACCAUGGUACAACACCAAUAGCUACCACUACAUGGAAGGCGAAAGCAUGCGCGUUAUGUUCGAACCAUGGUUCGUCCAGCACAAAGUCGAUCUCGUUUUCUCCGGACAUGUUCAUUCUUACGAGCGCUCGAAACGAGUUUCGAAUGUCCGUUACAACAUAACAAACGCGCUAAGCACGCCGGUCGAAGACACUUCCGCUCCGGUAUACAUAACUAUAGGCGAUGGUGGAAAUAUCGAAGGGCUCGCUAAUAGCUUUACGGAGCCGCAGCCGAAUUACUCGGCAUUUAGGGAAGCUAGCUUUGGGCAUGCGAUUCUUGAAAUAAAGAACAGGACGCACGCGUUUUACACGUGGCAUCGUAAUCAAGACAGCGAACCCGUUGCAGCUGAUUCUACUUGGUUUUAUAAUAGAUUUUGGUACCCAUAUGAAGAGCCCACCUCCAUGGUUUAAACAUGGAAUUUUUUUUUUCUUAAUUUCUUUAGGGUCUG